UCUGGCCCCCAUCUUAUAUGCCUCCGUACCUGCGCAGAGCUCUCUCUCCGUGCCCACAAGUGAAGGAAAGAAAAAGUUCCAAUAACACGUAGAAGUAUUAUUCAAAAAGAAAACAAAAUUACACAAGCGAAGAGAAAGAAAGAAAAAUAUGCAAAUGCCAAAGUCGCUUCCCUUUCUGUGAUUCAAUUUUUCAAACGAACAUAGACAGAAACAUUGCCUACCAACUCAUUAUUCGGAACAGCUUUUCUCCUCUUGCUAGCUAUAUGUAGUCUCUUUCCAUUAUCGAAAGGCCACAUAAAAUAGAUUUCUUACUUUAUUUUGACACAGAAUCUUCACUAUCUUCAUUUGCCCUUACUGGGUCAGUUCAUUUGCUCUUUAUCAACCACUAAAUUCAGACAUAAUUGCAGGCAGAGAAGAAACAGGCACUCCAGUAAUGGCAUCUGGUGGCAGAGCAGCGGGGCAGUCACCCCAACGGCACCUGCACCAAAAUCAAAGCCAAAACCACCAGCAAGUAGCUCCUCAGUCCUCGGGCACCAGCAACUUGAGGGUCCACAACACCGAGUCUGUAAGUAAAGCAAUUGCUCAGUACACAGUGGACGCGCAGCUCCAUGCGGUUUUUGAACAAUCAGGUGAGUCGGGUAAGUCGUUUGAUUACUCGCAAUCGGUGAGAACCACUAACCAGUCAGUCCCUGAACAGCAAAUCACUGCUUACCUAUCUAAAAUCCAACGUGGUGGCCAUAUCCAGCCUUUUGGGUGCAUGAUCACUGUUGAUGAAGGUUCUUUUAGGGUUACUGGGUAUAGCGAAAACGCACGUGAAAUGCUCGGUUUAACGCCUCAAUCAGUACCUUCUCUUGAAAAACCAGAAAUCCUUUCGAUUGGGACUGAUGUGCGCACCCUUUUCACGCCCUCGAGUGCGGUUUUGCUGGAAAAAGCAUUUGGGGCAAGAGAAAUCACGUUACUCAACCCUCUAUGGAUUCACUCCAAGAACUCGGGAAAACCCUUUUACGCGAUUUUGCAUAGGAUAGAUGUUGGGAUUGUUAUUGAUUUGGAGCCUGCUAGGACGGAGGACCCUGCUUUAUCAAUAGCCGGGGCUGUGCAGUCACAGAAGUUAGCAGUUCGUGCGAUUUCUCGUUUACAGUCACUUCCUGGUGGGGAUAUUAAGCUGUUGUGUGAUACUGUGGUGGACUGUGUGAGGGAGCUUACUGGGUAUGAUAGAGUUAUGGUUUACAAGUUUCAUGAGGAUGAACAUGGUGAGGUUGUAGCAGAGAACAAAAGGUCUGAUUUAGAACCUUACAUUGGUUUACAUUAUCCUGCAACUGAUAUACCUCAGGCUUCUAGGUUUUUGUUUAAGCAGAGUAGGGUUAGAAUGAUAGUGGAUUGCCAUGCCACACCUGUCCGUAUUAUUCAAGAUGAAGCACUAAUGCAGCCUUUGUGCUUGGUUGGUUCAACUCUUCGUGCCCCUCAUGGUUGUCAUGCUCAAUAUAUGGCGAAUAUGGGUUCAAUUGCCUCAUUGGCAAUGGCGGUCAUUAUUAAUGGAAAUGAUGAGGAAGCUAUUGGUGGAAGGAAUUUGAUGAGGCUUUGGGGUUUAGUUGUUUGUCAUCACACUUCUGCAAGGAGCAUUCCUUUUCCACUUCGUUAUGCUUGCGAGUUCCUAAUGCAGGCCUUUGGGCUUCAGUUGAAUAUGGAAUUACAAUUGGCGUCACAGCUUUCAGAGAAGCGUGUUCUGAGGACUCAAACGCUCUUGUGCGAUAUGCUUCUGCGUGACUCUCCUACUGGCAUUGUUACUCAAAGCCCAAGUAUCAUGGACCUUGUGAAAUGUGAUGGGGCAGCACUUUAUUACCAAGGAAAGUAUUACCCACUAGGUGUAACCCCAGCUGAAGCUCAAAUAAAAGAUAUUGUGGAGUGGUUGCUGAGAUUUCAUGGAGACUCUACAGGUUUAAGCACAGACAGUUUGGCUGAUGCUGGGUACCCUGGGGCAGUAUCACUUGGUGAUGCAGUUUGCGGCAUGGCUGUUGCUUAUAUCACUAAGAGGGAUUUCUUAUUUUGGUUCCGAUCUCACACAGCGAAGGAGAUCAAAUGGGGUGGUGCAAAGCAUCAUCCAGAGGACAAGGACGAUGGGCAGAGGAUGCAUCCACGCUCUUCAUUCAAGGCAUUCUUGGAAGUGGUAAAAAGCCGAAGUAUACCAUGGGAGAACGCAGAAAUGGAUGCUAUUCAUUCUUUGCAGCUUAUUCUUCGAGACUCAUUUAGGGAUGCUGAAGCAACCAAUUCUAAGGCUGUUACAAAUGCACAGCUUGGAGAUCUGGAGUUGCAAGGGAUGGAUGAACUCAGCUCAGUUGCAAGAGAAAUGGUUAGGUUAAUAGAGACUGCAACUGCUCCAAUAUUUGCUGUUGAUGCUGAUGGCCGCAUAAAUGGGUGGAAUGCAAAGGUUGCUGAGUUAACGGGGCUUUCAGUUGAGGAAGCUAUGGGGAAGUCUUUGGUUCAUGAUCUUAUUUAUAAGGAAUACGAAGAAACUGUUGACAAGCUUCUUCAUCAUGCUUUAAGAGGCGAAGAAGAUAAGAAUGUAGAGAUAAAAAUGAGGACAUUUGGCUCCGAACAUGAAAAGAAGGCUGUUUUCGUAGUGGUGAAUGCUUGUUCUAGCAAAGAUUACAUGAACAAUAUAGUUGGAGUUUGCUUUGUUGGUCAGGAUAUUACUGAUCAAAAAGUGGUAAUGGACAAAUUCAUCCAUAUCGAAGGUGAUUACAGGGCUAUUAUUCAUAGUCCCAAUCCUUUAAUACCUCCAAUAUUUGCUUCAGAUGAAAACACUUGCUGCUUGGAGUGGAACACUGCCAUGGAAAAGCUCACCGGGUGGGGCCGAAGUGAAAUUAUUGGGAAGAUGCUGGUUGGGGAGGUUUUUGGCAGUUGCUGUCGGCUCAAGGGCCCUGAUGCAUUGACCAAAUUUAUGAUUGUGUUGCACAAUGCAAUUGGAGGACAGGAUACUGACAAGUUUCCAUUUUCUUUCUUUGACCGGAAUGGAAAAUUCAUGCAAGCUCUUUUGACAGCAAACAAGAGAUUAAAUAUGGAUGGACAGAUUAUUGGAGCCUUCUGCUUCUUGCAGAUUGCAAGUCCUGAGUUACAACAAGCUUUGAAAGUCCAGAGGCAACAGGAGAGAAAAACCUUUACAAGAAUGAAAGAGUUGGCUUAUAUUUGCCAGGAAAUAAAGAAUCCUCUAAGCGGUAUACGGUUUACAAACUCACUUUUGGAGGCAACAGACUUGACCGAGGUCCAAAAGCAGUUUCUUGAAACGAGUGCUGCUUGUGAGAAGCAGAUGUUUAAGAUCAUUCGAGAUGUUGAUCUGGAGAGCAUUGAAGAUGGUUCACUGGAGCUUGAGAAGGCCGAAUUUUUCAUUGGGAAUGUCAUAGAUGCUGUAGUUAGCCAAGUGAUGUUACUGCUGAGGGAAAGAAAUCUACAAUUGAUUCGUGAUAUUCCAGAGGAAGUAAAAUCUCUGGCUGUAUACGGUGAUCAAGUAAGAAUUCAACAGGUGUUGGCUGAUUUCUUGUUGAAUAUGGUUCGUUGUGCACCAUCUUCAGAAGGUUGGGUAGAGAUUCAUGUUUGCCCAAAACUGAAGCAGACCUCCGAUGGGCUAUCUGUUGUGCAUAUGGAAUUCAGGAUGGUUUGCCCCGGUGAAGGUCUUCCUCCUGAACUAGUCCAGGACAUGUUCCACAGCUGCCGAUGGACGACUCAAGAAGGCCUAGGACUCAGUAUGUGCAGGAAAAUUUUGAAGCUUAUGCAAGGUGAAGUCCAAUACAUCAGAGAGUCAGAAAGAUGUUAUUUCUUAGUUAUCCUCGAUCUUCCCCUGUGUCAGAGAGGUGCUAAAAGUGUUGAUUAGAAUGUUUAGCCCUGGAGAUAUGUUGAAGAGCUUUCACAAUUUUGACCUCAUAUUGGCGGUUCAAUUUACUGAGAACUGUUUUCAAAACCUAGUUACAAGGUUUACUCUUGUACCGAGGCCACCAAUUUGGCUAAUCCUUAGGAAGACAACUGCUUAUUCCAUCAAUCUCAAGCAUGUUUGAUGCUUGUUUAGUCUACUGACACUGGUCUAAAUCGCAAACUUACCUUGUCGGGCUAGCCAGUUAAUGUUUGCCAAGAAGUGUACCGAUCUUGCUGAUAUGGUUUUGUGAGAUCUGAAUGUGGUAGUGUACAUAAGAAGCAACAAUGGAUCUCAUAAGUUUAUUGUAGAGGCUUCCAUGAUAAACAAUCUUGCAUUUGGAUCAAAUUGCAUCUCCCACUGGAAGUAAAUAUGUGUAUGUAAGUAUAUUACAAUUUCUCAGGUUCCUACAGAUUACUGUAACCUACAAUUAGGUCACCCUGCCAGGGCUAGUCUCUUAAUAAAAUUUUAUUCUGUCUUAUGUAAUGAGUCAAAUUUCCAGCUCUGGUAUUUAAUAUGAGAAUUCUGACUGCCUA